GUUCGGAUUCAGGACCCUACCCAGUGGAUGGUCCUGGUUUUCCAGCAAGCAUCUCGAUCCCCGCGCGGCCUUGGUGGUUGCUCAUUUCCUUCGCUGUCCCCACACUGAACUUGCAUAUCGGAAUCUUGUCGCCGGAGUCGCAGAGAUAUGGCAGAAGAAGAAGAAGAAGCAGAGCUAAGCGACAAGCAGAAGAUCGAAAUUGCCAAAUGGUUCCUCCUCAUCCCCUCCGGAGAAAUCCAGUACGUGGCCAAAAAAAUUGUCCCUGCAGAUGUGAAAUCGAUUCUGAACGACGAUGAUGUGUACCAUGAGGCCGCAUUAGAGGCAUUUUCCUUGUACAAUAAAUCUCACAUGAUUUCCCUUGAAAUGCCGGAUCGGAGCGGAGACGUGCUAGUUACUACGUUUGGUGAGCUUGAAGAGAAUGCCUAUCUUGAUCCGAGGACUACUCAAGUUGCCAUAGUCGACCAUGUUAAACAAGUUUGUACAGAGGUGAGACCUGCAACUGAUGCAGAACUUCCAUCUUCAUACGUUGAAGAAUUCCGAUGUGCCCUGGAUGCUGAAAUUCUUAAAUAUGUGGGUGAAGCUUAUCCGAAAGGGGUCUGCUCUGUCUACUGUGUAAAUGGAAAAGAUGUAGAGGGCCCAGGUUCUGAUUUUGAGCUUGUUGUGGUGAUCUCUGCUGCUAAGCAUAGUCCCCAGAAUUUCUGCAAUGGUAGUUGGCGUUCAGUAUGGAAUAUUCUGUUCAAAGAUUAUCUACAGAUAGUUGAAGUACAGGGAAAAAUGCAGGUGGGUGCCCAUUAUUUUGAAGAAGGAAAUGUGCAGUUAGAUGCAAAACAUGAGUGCAAAGAUUCAACGCUUUUUCAGGCCCCGGAAGAUUGUGCUCUUGCCAUAUCAAGCAUUAUUAGUCACCAUGAAACAGAGUACCUGGCUUCUCUCGAGGCGUCGUAUUUAAACUUGCCCGAUUCCACUUUUAAGGAUCUUCGGAGGAAGCUCCCAGUCACUCGUACGCUAUUUCCGUGGCACAACACCCUGCAGUUCAGCCUGACAAGAGACAUCACAAAAGAGCUUGGCAUUGGAAAGUGAACAUGCACCCAAAAGACAGAAACUUGUGUGACAGGAGCAAGAUAGCUAUCCCAGGGGCUGAUUUCCUGUUUUCAUUCGUGUGCUGCAUGAAUCAUCCUCCUCUGUGUUUUGAGACUCUCUGCCUGGGAUAGGGGCAUUGUACUGUAAUUCUUUUAAAUACAAUUCUGUAAUUCUGUAUAGCACUAAGAAUUUACGGUCUUAAGAAAUUAGUUGGCGGACUGCAUGAAACCGGCUACGUUGUCAUAGAAAGAGAAGAAUUUGGUUGCACGGACGUAUCUCCACUGUUGGAAUCUGGCCCCCGCAUUCGCAAUAUUUGGGAGAGAAGGAAUGAUCCAUUUAAAUUCUCUCUCUCUUUCUCUCUCUGACAUUUUAUGUAAACCUAUAUGAGAUAGAGGGGAUAUAGUUAGCAAUUCGACGAAACGCAGACAUACCUUUACUAUGGCAUAGUUAUUUGACUUUCCAUUCA